GUUGAAGCCCCCCGUUCCAUGUGCUUCCGAGAGGCUGCAACAGAAACGACACGCAGAGAAUCUUCAAUCUGAAACUGAGUAACUGAAACACCAGGGCUUAGUCGUUUGGCAAUAUUGAUAAUCGUUUUACUCUGUCUUUCUUUUCGAUUUUCUUUCUUAUGGCCAUUGCCGCAGCUGCAGCUUCUUCCCUUCCUUCUGAAGGAAUAUGUUGCUCAAUAUCAAAUGGAAUUGGAAGCAAUUUGAUCAAAUCUCCUCUUGAUGGUAGAAGAGUGUCUGACCUUUCCAGUGUGAGAUGCAAAAGUCCCUUUUUGGGGCCAUCACAGUUCCUUUGGCUAUCGACGGGGCAUGAUCUGUGUCUUCAAAAGGCUUGUGUUGCUGCAGACUACUCAGAUUCUGUACCUGAUUCGUCUAGUUACACAAGUGACCAAGCAUAUCAUCCUCUCGAAGAUUUAAAAGUUUGCCAUAACACUCGGCAGACUGAACUCUCUUCUGCUGAAAUUGCAAGAACAACAGUUGAGGCUAAUAGAAACGCUUUGCUAGUAUUUCCUGGAUCAGUGCACUGUGAACCACACGAACAGAUUUCAUGGGCAGAGUUUCAAUAUCUUAUCGAUGAUUAUGGAGAUAUAUAUUUUGAAAUCUCUGAUGAUGCAAACAUUUUGGAAGAUCGUAGGGCAAGUAAUCCUGUGAGAGUUUUGAUUGGAAUGGACCUUCCACUGUAUAAUAAUAGAAGGAUCGCUAGUGAAUACAACAUAUUCAAUAGUGGGAACAAUGACGAAUUCCUACUUGAUGAUGAUUAUAUUGAGAUUCUGGAGUCUGAAGAGUUGAACUUGUCAGUGAAUUGGGAGACGCUAGAUACCAUCGUCUCAGUUCAUCCUGUUUAUUUUGCAAAGUGCCUAUCAAAGGCUGUCAACACAGAAUAUGGUAAAAGAAUGGACCAUCCUUCAAAUGGUGUUUCAAUUCUAGGUUACCUUAGACCUGCUUUUGCUGAUGAAGAGUCAUAUCUAAGAACAGUAUAUCGCAGUGAAGAUGAUGAUGGAUACAGCUCAGACUCUAAAGAUGGUGAAAAUUUUUUCCCCAACAAUAUGAGCGAUCACAGAGACACUGGGUUGACAUUCUAUCGGUUGGAGAUACUGAAAAUAGAGUUAUUUUCUGUCUAUGGAUAUCAGUCUGAAAUUAAUUUACUAGACUUUCAAGAUGCCGAACCUGAUAUUCUUGUAUUCUCUAACCCGGCUAUUCAAGAACGCCUCAAUAAGAGAUUUAAUGCUGCUCUUAAAGCCCUAUGCAAAAAGAAAGGACUUGAUGUUGAGGGAGCUAGGUUGAUUGGGGUUGACAGCCUUGGUUUGGAUGUCAGAGUUUUCUCAGGGGCAGAAGUCAGAACUCAUCGAUUUCCAUUCAAAGUCCCAGCAACUUCUGAAGUUGGGGCUGAAAAGCAGAUUCAACAACUUCUGUUUCCACGAUCUAGGCGAAAAAAGUGCAUGAACUCAUGGCGACAAGCUUAAGAACCAGCACUCAAGUUGAGUACAUCAUUGUCUAACCUUGCAUGGCAGUUAUCUUCAUUUUAUUUUCCCUUUUCAAGUUUUCGUAACAACUUGCUCUAGAGCAGUUAAUACAUGAAAGUUAUAGUCAGUUCUGGACACCAUUUUGGUUUUGUUCUAGGAGGUUCAUGGCGGUUAAUUUUUCCUUCUCUCAGAUGAGAGUUUGGUCAGUAAAUAAAUAAUUAUAUAUGGGCAACAGUUCUUCUUUGCUGGUAAUAAUAAGGGGCAUUGCUAAUAUCUGUCAUUCUGA